AUGAACGGUGCCACGGCUGUUGAUAUCAGUGCCGCUGUGGCGAGCCAGCGUCGUUCCAGCCCCAACCCCAUAACGACGUCCGCUGCCGUGUCGUCGCACGAUGCUGCCGCCGCCAUGGAUCUGCUGGGCUCGCCCACCACACAGUAUCCGCCGGACCGGUCGCUGUUCCCGGGCCAGGACCGCUCGCUCGCCGGCAUCGCUGCCCGGGCUUUUAUGCUUGGCGCCGUGCUGGCGGCCGGCAUGCUGCUGACAACACUGCUGGCUCUGCUACCGGUGCUGCUCUCGGCCGACACGGUCGCCCUGCUGGCACCGCUCUGGCGCCUGCCCUUCUUCGCCGCCGCCUUGGCCGCCUUCCACUUCCUCGAGUUCUACGUCACGGCCGCCCACAACACGCCGGCCGCCUCGGUCGACUCGUUCCUGCUGACGGCCAACUGGCCCGCCUACGCCAUCGCCCACACGGCCGCCUUUGCUGAGUGCUUCGUGCGGCUGACUGUCUUUCGGGGCAGCCACCUCCCCGGGCUCGCACACCUCGCGCCCCUCUGGCCCGCCCGGCCUCUCCUCCUCAUCGGCCUCGUCGUUGUCACCAUCGGCCAGCUCGUCCGCUCCGCCGCCAUGACCCAGGCUGGCCGCAGCUUCAACCACCAGAUCCAGCGGCGCCGCGCCCACAGCCAUGCCCUCGUCACUACCGGCAUCUACGCCCAUCUCCGCCAUCCCAGCUACUUUGGCUUCUUCUGGUGGGCCCUUGGCACCCAGCUCGUCCUCGGCAACUUCGUCUGCUUCGCCGCUUACGCUGCCGUUCUCUGGCGCUUCUUCUCUCGCCGUAUCCGCCACGAGGAACAGCUGCUGAUCCGCUUCUUUGGCGAUGAUUAUGUCAGCUACCAGAAGCGCGUCGGCACCAAGAUGCCCUUUAUCUGA